GGAGCGAAAUAGCAUGGCACUGUUUCCCAUAAUUUUUGACAGCGUGUUUGCUUGGCCAAGAUUAUAGCAUCUCUCGGCCAUUUUGCCCGUAGUUCCAGCCGCAGAUACAAGACGUAUUCGUUGCUCACUUUUACGUCAGAAUGUCGGGAGGACUUGAUAUUUUGUCCCUGAAGGAGGACGAUGUGACCAAGAUGUUGGCCGCAACAACCCACUUGGGCUCCGAGAAGGUCAACUUCCAGAUGGAGCAGUACGUCUUCAAGAGGCGUCCGGAUGGUGUGCACAUCAUCAAUCUGGGGCGCACUUGGGAGAAGCUCCUCUUGGCCGCUCGCGCCAUCGCUGCCAUCGAGCACAUGUCGGAGGUCUACGUGAUCUCCUCGCGUCCUUACGGCCAGCGAGCUGUGCUUAAGUUCGCCAACUACACCGGUGCCACUCCGAUUGCCGGCCGAUUCACCCCCGGCGCGUUUACCAAUCAGAUCCAGCCGGCUUUCCGCGAGCCUCGUCUGUUGGUCGUGACUGAUCCCUCCACGGAUCACCAGCCCAUCAUUGAGGCUUCCUACGUGAACAUCCCCGUGAUUGCUUUCUGCAACACGGACAGUCCGCUGCGCUUUGUGGACAUCGCCAUUCCGUGCAACACUAAAUCCAUCUACUCCAUCGGCCUGAUGUGGUGGAUGUUGGCGCGCGAGGUGCUCCGUCUCCGCGACAAGAUCUCGCGUGAGAAGAAGUGGGACGUGGUGGUGGAUCUGUUCUUCUACCGCGAUCCAGAGGAGGCUGAGAAGGAGGAGGCCGCCGUGAAGGAACCUCUGCCGGCGCCCAAGACCGAGACCGCGCACGAGGGCGAGACGACGGAGCCGGAGACCACGAAUUGGGCCGAUGAGGUGCCCAUUGUGCCUCCGACGACCACAACCACGGAGGACUGGAACGAGGAGGACGUGGUGAACGCUUCCUGGGGAGGCGGCGGUGGUUUCUAGACUGGAAACCUCUGAACCCGAUGGAUUGAAAUAAAAACGGUUCGUUUUGCAACCAUCUGAAUCCGAAAAA